UCAGUGUGGUGGUCUGAAGAAGGUGUUUCAGCGCUGAAAAUAAAACAAACAAAAAACAUGCUUUUAAUUAACUGCAUCUGUGACUGUUCGCCAAAGUGGCUGUGAGAAGCAGCAUUUGGCGGCAUCAAAUCAGUUCAGGAAGACUUAUUGAAAUCAUACUUCAAGGUAGACGUGUGGAAUAACUGUUAUACUUUUUCAACUUCAGCAGCUUCCCAAAAAUAUCAAAUGGCCAUGGGUUUAGCCUGCACUGAGAGCUAAUUGGCGGGUCAUUUAUUUCGAAAAGUAUAUUUAAAAUGUACGCCCUACAUGGGAAGGAACAGUAUCUGGAAGGAACGUAUGGUGUUUACACGAGUGUAAUGAACACUUUCAAUGCAUGGCCGUGUUGGUUCUGGUAACAAGCCUUGUCCUGGCGUUGGCGGGAGCAGAUCUCCAACCUCACCGGACUGUUGUGGAUCUGACCCGGUUCAGCUUCCCAUUGGAAAAGACCCUCUGCGACACCUCCAAACCCAAUGUUACCAUUGGAUUCCUCAGCUCGUUCAAGGAUAUAGGUAAAUUGAUAGCUGGGGCCGUUCCCUUGGCUGUUGACAUGGUAAACGUAGAUCCUGAGUUGUUGCCAGAUCAUAACCUGAGAUUCAUCUUCCACAAUAGUGGCUCACCUGACUCAUCGCAUUACGAAAGCCCAAUGUCCAUACGAAAAAUGACCCAGAUGAAGCAAGAAGGAGUUGUGGCUUUCAUAGGCUUGGAUCAGGGUUGCGAACAUGAAGCUCUCGUUGCUGCGGCUUGGGACAUGCCUAUGAUUUCAUACAAAUGUUCAGACAGCAAAGUGUCCAACAAGGAUAUUUUCACGACGUUUGCGAGGACUUUGCCACCGAGUUCCAAAGUUUCAAAAUCUCUCAUCUCCCUGUUGAAGCAUUUCGACUGGACCAAACUGAUGCUUCUGGUAGCCAAUAACACCUCAGAUAAAAGCGUGGCAGAGGCCUUGAGCAAGCUGGCAAUUGAAAAUGAUAUCGAAAUUGUUCAGACUUUUUAUUUACCGGCUGAUUACCUCACCAAGCACAACACGACUCUCAGAGAUAUUAUUCUUCAAACCUACAUGAGAACCAGAG